AUGAUACAUAAUAAUUAUGUUAAAUCUUAUACUGGUAGCCAAAUAUCAGUUUGGGGAAAAAGAAAUCCAUUAUUUUUGCGUGAACUUAAAGACUUUAUUCAACAUGUUUCGGAUUGUUCCGAUUUGGAAACUAUUCCAUGUAUCACAGAAACGAAGGCAUUUAAACAUUACUUCCUCAACAUAUAUUCAAUUCAAAUAAAAUUUGUUGAAAAAACCAAGUACUGUGAUUCAUCGGAAUAUAAAAAUAUUCUUGUUAUCAUUCAGGAAACUGAACGUUUAGGAUAUCAUAAUAGUCAUUUUUCGAGCGAACAUAAAGGAUUAUCACCUGGACAAGCGGACAUCGAAGGAUCAUCACCUGGACAAGCGGAUAUCGAAGGAUCAUCACCUGGACAAGCGGAUAUCGAAGGAUCAUCACCUGGACAAGCGGACAUCGAAGGAUCAUCACCUGGACAAGCGGACAUCGAAGGAUCAUCACCUGAGCAAGCGGACAUCGAAGGAUCAUCAUCUGGACAAGCGGACAUCGAAGGAUCAUCACCUGGGCAAGCGGACAUCGAAGGAUCAUCACCUGGACAAGCGGACAUCGAAGGAUCAUCACCUGGACAAGCGGACAUCGAAGGAUCAUCACCUGGACAAGCGGACAUCGAAGGAUCAUCACCUGGACAAGCGGACAUCGAAGGAUCAUCACCUGGACAAGCGGACAUCGAAGGAUCAUCACCUGGACAAGCGGACAUCGAAGGAUCAUCACCUGGACAAGCGGACAUCGAAGGAUCAUCACCUGGGCAAGCGGACAUCGAAGGAUCAUCACCUGGACAAGCGGACAUCGAAGGAUCAUCACCUGGACAAGCGGACAUCGAAGGAUCAUCACCUGGACAAGCGGACAUCGAAGGAUCAUCACCUGGACAAGCGGACAUCGAAGGAUCAUCACCUGGGCAAAGAUCAUCACCUGGACAAGCGGACAUCGAAGGAUCAUCACCUGGACAAGCGGACAUCGAAGGAUCAUCACCUGGACAAGCGGACAUCGAAGGAUCAUCACCUGGACAAGCGGACAUCGAAGGAACAUCACCUGGGCAAGCGGACAUCGAAGGAUCAUCACCUGGGCAAGCGGACAUUGAAGGACUAUCAUUACCCGGACAGCGGACAUUGAAGGACUAUCAUUACCCGGACAGCGGACAUUGA